CAUGCCUGCCUUUCUUCUUUUGAGCUUUUUGUCUCUUGCUUUCUAAACAAACCUUCUGUUAACCCUCUAAUUCUAACAUUUUCAUAUUCUACUUGUGGGCAAUCUUUGUUUUUGGCUGUAGAAGCACAAACAACAAAACAACAAAUGUAUCCUAAAGUGAAGGUGAGGCUACAAGAACAAGAUGAUUAUUUUUCCCCACAAGGUCAUCACAGGACAUUGCAGUUGACAACUGCCUCUGAUGAAUCUGUCCCUGAGAAGGAGACUCAAAGCUGUUCUCCCCCAUCAAUUGCCAUAACCAAGAAGGCUUAUGUCUCCAAGCUACCGGGACACUCCAUUUCUUCAUCCAAAGCAGAGAACAGCAGAAAUCCUGGUAAGGCUACAAAACCAGCUGAUGCUAGAGCUUGUUCAAUCCUUCGUCCCCGUGCCGUCUUAUCUAGCCCUGAAAAUGAUGGGAUGAUUGGAAGCAGAAACAAGGUGGUUGAUAAAAACUCAUUGGCUGUCAAAGUGCAUAACACAAAAGAAAAAGUGGCAGCUGCCCAAAAGCCCCAGCAACCCAAGAUCGUCCAAAGUCAGGUGAAGAAGGCAGCAAGGCCUGUGAACAUGACCAAAAGGCUCCAACAAAGCAUUGAUAAAAAGAAUGGGGUUGUGCAGAGUAGAAUUCAAAAACCCAUGAUGGAGAAACAGCAAGCAAGCCUUGGAAUGAGGAAACCAAGUUUCACUUCAACUUAAUGUUCGACAUAUCACAUUGGAUCAAUUUGGAUGUGCCAAAUGAUCUGUUUCUUUCAUGAAUUGAGCUUUCUUAAGGUGUGAUGUGUAUGAGUUUCAAGAAUUUAUAUAUGUUUAUCAGUCCCGUUUUC